GUCAUCAAAACCUGGUCUUUCUUCUUCUUCUUCUUCAAACUUUUUUUUGCUUUCUCUAAAAUCUUCUAAGAAUAACCAUUUCUAAAGAUACUCUUUAACGAGACAACAACAAAAAACACAGAACUUCUGUUUCCCUGUUUCUCCGGAUUCUCUCCGGCUCUGAGAGCUUUCACCUUCUCCAUCUCGGAGAUGUUACUCUGCUUCCCUCUUUUGUGUUCUUUUUGUUUUCUGGGUGAAAUUUGUAUGAAGCUUUGACUUAUAUUUAGGGAUUUUUUUAAAGCUUCUUACCUAGAAGAAUCCCAAAGGACGUUAAUUUUUCUCAAAGCUAUGGCUGUUGAAGACAUGGAGAAGAAGAUCAAAGGAAGCCAUGAGACGGAGCUACAUAAAAACGACUUAUCCAUCGAAGAUCCAUCUCCAAGAUGCGUGCUUGAAAUUCCGGCAAUGAGUUCAGAUUCCGAUAACAGCAGCAGCAGUAGUUGUAGCUCGUGUUCUCCUGAUAAAUCAUCAGUCGCCAUUAUCAACAACUCCUACAAACAAAACGAAUUCGAUUGUGACCAAAUCCUCGUCGCUAAACCUUCGUGGCGUAAUUUCACCUUCGACGAGCUUGUUGCUGCCACCGACAAUUUUAAUCCCGAGAACAUGAUUGGGAAAGGAGGACAUGCGGAGGUGUACAAAGGUGUUUUACCGGACGGAGAGACUGUGGCGAUCAAGAAGCUGACGAGACACGCAAAGGAAGUAGAAGAAAGAGUCAGUGAUUUCUUAUCGGAGCUUGGGAUAAUCGCACAUUACUCUCCUCAUGGCAGUCUUGCUUCUCUACUCUUUGGAUCUGAGGAGUGUUUGGAUUGGAAGAAACGGUAUAAAGUGGCUUUGGGUAUAGCUGAUGGUUUGAGUUAUCUUCAUAAUGAUUGCCCUCGACGGAUUAUUCACCGAGACAUCAAAGCUUCCAACAUUUUGCUCUCUCAAGAUUACGAAGCUCAGAUUUCAGAUUUUGGACUAGCUAAGUGGCUACCAGAGAAUUGGCCUCAUCACAUUGUUUUCCCUAUCGAAGGCACAUUCGGAUAUCUAGCUCCAGAGUACUUUAUGCAUGGGAUUGUCGACGAGAAGACUGAUGUGUUUGCGUUUGGUGUAUUGCUUCUAGAGAUCAUAACUGGUCGUCGAGCUGUUGAUACUGCUAGCCGGCAAAGCAUAGUUAUGUGGGCAAAACCUCUUUUGGAGAAGAACAGCGUGGACGAAAUAGUUGAUCCUCAACUAAUAAAUGACUUUGAUGAAACAGAGAUGAAACGAGUGAUGCAAACAGCUUCCAUGUGCAUACACCAUGUAUCCACUAUGCGCCCUGAUAUGAACCGGUUAGUUCAGCUGUUGCGCGGAGAUAACCAGUUAGCAGAACAAAAACCAGGUGGAGCAAGAACACACGAACCACACCCAAAAAAUCUCAAUCUCAAGUCUCUCGCCAAAGCGGCGCUCACUGAAGCUGAUAAUGUGAUCUCGAUUUCACCAGAUGAUGCCGCCGGUCACAUCGUCCGUGCCCUAGCUCUAGAUCUGCUCGGUCACCACACUUCUGCUCUCAAAUCGUUCGAUAUGGCGCUGACUUAUCCGCGUUUGAAGUCGCUUUCGGUUGGAGAACGAGCCGAUGCUCUUGUAAAGAGAGCUGAGAUGAAACUGGCUGUGAAUCGGCGACGGAGGAUUGAUUCAGCGAUCGAAGAUCUGGAAGAGGCGGUGAGGCUCGCCGCCGGCACAGAUGCGGCGAGAUUAUUCCGCCUGUUGGGGGAGUGUUACGAAUUCAAGGGCUUGAAUGAGAAAGCCCAAUGGGCUUUUAGUGAAGCUUUAAAAGCCCAACCGAGUUCAGCAAACGAGUCAUGAUGAAUGAGAUAGAUAAGACAGAACUAGGCCGUGGCAUUUUUUUUUUAAUCUAAUUAACUUAAUAGAAUUUCAGUUUGUAC